AUGCAAUCCUUCAACCGACAACUGCAUGAUAUGCCGGUGGGCGACCAAUUUUUCCCGCAUCAGGGCUCACAACACCAGCAACCUCCUGGGAUUGGAACGCAGUUGUUCUCACCUCAAAUGAUGCAGGGACGGUUGCACCAGCAUCAGCAACAACAGCAACAACAGCAACAACAGCAACAACAGCAACAACAGCAACAACAGCAACAACAGCAACAACUUCCCCAGGAACUGCACGGCUUGGAAGGAAAUUCGGGUCUGCAGAACGUUUAUCUGCUGAAACAGAAAAUGGAAGCUGCAAACGCUGCAUUUGGACCUCGUCAGGUACAGCCUCAGCAGCUUCUGAACAACACGCAAAACUCGCUUGCGAGUUCUUUGGGCGCCUCUGUGGGCAAUUUACCACCUGGGGUGGGACUCUUACAGCAGCCAGGAACUGGAACAUUGGGACCAUCAUCAACUACCACAGCAAUGGCUCCUCCACCUUCUCUCUCACAAGCUCCCCAGGGUCCACUUGCAGGCUCGUUUGCAUUACCACCCCCAAACCAGUUCAUGGUGCGCGACGUGUGGAGUAACAACCUGCAUGCUGAGUUUGCACAAAUUAGAAGGCUUGUUGGCCAAUACAACGUAGCAGCCAUUAGUACAGAAUUCGUGGGUACCCUUGCCAGGCCCAUGGGUAAUUUCAGAUCGAAAAACGACUAUCAUUAUCAAACAAUGCGUUCAAACGUGGAUCUUCUCAAUCCCGUACAGGUUGGUUUGUCCUUGAGCGAUGCGCGUGGAAACAAACCGGAAAAUGGACCCUCAACCUGGCAGUUCAACUUCCAUUUUGACGUUACUCAAGAGAUGGUUUCAGCCGAAUCUCUAGAACUUUUGAAAAAAUCGGGCGUAAAUUUCGAGCGGCACCAAAAUCUGGGCGUGUCAGCAUUUGAAUUUGCGCAUCUGCUUACAGAUUCAGGUCUGAUAUCCAGCGACGUUACAUGGGUCAGCUACCAUGCAGCGUACGAUUUCGGAUUUCUGGUGAAUAUGCUCAUGAAUAAUGCCAUGCCCAAUAAUAAAGAGGACUACGUGUGGUGGGUCCACCAGUUUAUGACCAAUUUUUACGAUCUCAACCUGAUUAACAAGUUCGCACAACAACAGCAACAGCAGAAUCAGAAUCAGAAACCCUCCGCUCCGCAACCACCACAGGCGACGCUUGAGGCUAUGGCUGACGAAAUCGGUAUCCCCCGUUUUCCUCUUUUUUCUUCGACGGCAGGUCAAAGUCUGCUGGCUCUAUUGACUUUCACGCAUUUAUUUCAACUUCGCAUCCCUCAUCCGCAGUUGGGAGCUAAUCUGGCUCGGUACAAGAACAUGAUUUACGGAAUCACCAAUGACUAG